AUGGCGGGGCCCGGCGGCGCGGCGCGGACCCGGUUCGCGGUGGUGGGCGGCGGCAUCGCGGGGGUCACCUGCGCCGAGCAGCUGGCUGUAGAAUUCCCAUCAGAAGACAUUUUUUUAGUGACAGCUUCCCCGGUUAUAAAAGCUGUAACUAAUUUCAAGCAGGUCUCCAAAACACUUGAGGAAUUUGAUGUCGAAGAGCAACCAAGUUCUCUAUUAGAACAACGAUAUCCCAAUAUUAGAGUUAUACAGUCUGGAGUAAAACAGUUAAAAAGUGAUGAACAUAAAAUUUACACUGAAGAUGGGAAAGAAUACAUCUAUGAAAAGCUUUGCCUGUGUGCUGGAGCCAAACCAAAAUUAAUUGUUGAAGGGAACCCGUAUGUAUUAGGAAUCCGGGAUACUGACAGUGCACAGGCUUUUCAGAAGAAUUUGGCUCAAGCUGAGAGAAUAGUGGUAGUAGGAAAUGGUGGGAUUGCCCUCGAAUUAGUGUAUGAAGUUCAAGGCUGUGAAGUAAUCUGGGCUAUCAAAGACAAAGCCAUUGGGAACACUUUCUUUGAUGCAGGAGCAGCUGAAUUUCUCCUUCCAAAGCUCACUGCUGAAAGCCGAGAGACUCCAAUUGGGUGUAAAAGAACCAAGUACACCCUGGAAGGAAGUGAGGAAAAAAGAAGACCUACAGGAGCAUCUGACAAGCUGGGCAGUGCCUUAGGCCCUGACUGGCACGAGGGCUUACACCUUAAAGGGACUAAGGAGUUUUCUCAUAAAGUACAUAUUGAAAUACUGUGUGAAGUAAAGAAAAUAUACUUACAGCAAGAAUUUAUCCAACUGCAGCGGACUUCCUUGACUUUUCCUAAAGGAGAGAGAAACUUAGAAGCAGAUGAGGUGCUGUGGCCUGUAUAUGUGGAAUUAACUAAUGGAAGAAUUUAUGGAUGCAAUUUCAUUGUCAGUGCAACUGGAGUUGUGCCAAAUGUUGAACCAUUUCUUGAUGGCAAUAACUUUGCCGUGGGUGAAGAUGGGGGACUGACGGUAGACAAGCACAUGCACACGUCGCUGCCAGAUGUGUACGCAGCUGGAGAUAUCUGCACAGCGGCGUGGGAGCCGAGCCCCGUGUGGCACCAGAUGAGGCUGUGGACCCAGGCUCGGCAGAUGGGAUGGUAUGCAGCAAAGUGCAUGGCAGCAGAUGCUUUAGGGGAAUCUAUUGAGAUGGACUUCAGCUUUGAGCUAUUUGCUCACAUUACAAAAUUUUUCAAUUACAAGGUGGUGGUUUUGGGGAAGUACAACGCUCAGGGCUUGGGCUCAGACCAUGAACUGAUGCUGAGAUGUACCAAGGGACAUGAGUACGUUAAAGUGGUGAUGCAGAAUGGCCGAAUGAUGGGAGCUGUGCUGAUUGGAGAAACGGACUUGGAAGAAACCUUUGAAAACUUAAUUUUAAAUCAAAUGGAUCUUUCAGCCUAUGGUGAAGAUCUCCUAAAUCCAGAUAUUGAUAUAGAAGAUUAUUUUGAUUGA